AUUCAACCCAAUGGAACCCAUACAAGACGACAACGAUCAGAUAAGUUUCCAAUACGCCAACGACUGUGACUUAGAGAUCCAUUGCUCCCCAUUUGGGUUGUCUGGGCUCUACAUCAAAGUUAAGGGCACAAACAUCAUGGGUGUGGGCAGCACGAUGGGAUUGAUCACAGGGUCCACAAAAGGGUUAAUUCACUACAACGACCUGCAAGAUCUUAUGGACCAAAAGUACAAGCUUUACCUCGUGGUGGAGGACGACGGGAUGUUGCGGAUUGAUUUCACGAAGAUUUCGCCGUUGGCACAGGGGUCGGAAGAUAUAUCUGCUGGGCCUGCGGGAGUGAAGCUCAACAAAAAGGACGAAGAGCUGGUGGGGAAAUCCCCUGCGUCGGUGAGCACGGGCGGCAGCUCACUGUACCAGUCGUCUUCAAAAUCGCCCAAGCCGCUUGACAAGAUCGAUACGGGGAAUACGCUUGAGGGAGAAACCAACUUGGAAGAGGACUCAAUGCCGUCGUUGAUAUUUCGGGGCAAGUGCCCAGACGGGAGGCCGAGCCAUAUUCAGCCGUUUAUAGGGAUUUUCUCGUUUGAGAGAGAAGACUAGAGAUCUUAUGGUUUUCGUAUAGGAUAAUAAAUGGUAGAGGUUGGGGAAUGCACGUGACACUUGGGUAG